AUGGGCUGCGGACCUUCCCAACCCGGUGAAGAAAGGAGACGCGUGCCCGCGCCCAGGAAGGGCUGGGAAGAGGGAUUCAAGGCUGAUGUUGGUGUGGCUCAUUCUGGGGAGAAUUACAGACCCCAGAUUGAAACUUCACUGCCCGAUGAUGCUACGGGCAGCCCCGGAGACCUGGACAAGCAGGCCCAGUUGGGAAGCUUACCUGGAGCUAUUGCAGAAAGUUUCCCAUCUCCUAGUGAAAGAAAUGGAAGACUAAAUUCAGACCUAGCGAUCAAUGGAUUAAUCCAUAAACCCCAACCCUUAGAGAAUCGAGAGCGACAAAAGUCAUCAGACAUUCUGGAGGAGUUAAUUGUUCAAGGAAUAAUACAGAGCCACAGCAAAGUAUUUAGAAAUGGAGAAUCAUAUGAUGUCAUGGCAAGUAAUUUUGUGAGCACUACCGAGAAGCCGCUGAGAAAGCCACCAGCCAGGCUGAAAAAACUUAAGAUCAAGAAGGAAGGAAAAGAUUUCACGAUGAAGGACAUAGAAGAGAAGAUGCGGGCAGUGGAGGCACGCAGGAAGACUAAAGAAGAAGAAAUAAGAAAAAGGCUACAGAGUGACAGACUUCCGCCCCCAGCCCAUCAUUCAGAUUCAGCUGAACGGGUUGGGGAGGAGGUUCCAUUUGCAAAAGGACUCAAAACCGUGAGUUGUGCCAUAUUUGAACCAUCUGACCUGCAGGAAGGAAAACUGCUGAAAAGGAAGAAGAGUAAAAGUGAAACUACCUCUGAUGAUAGAAACUACAGUUAUGAAAAUAUCGGGGUUGUGGAAUCAGACACGUCCUACAACCAAGCAGACGACGUAUUCUGA